UUUCGUUCGAGAUGUGUACAUCUGACACUUAGUCGUAGCAGUAUAAUGAUGACAGUGGUUGAGCUUAUUGAUAAGCAUUACGGUGAUGUGACUGCUUUAAGCAUUAAGGGCAAUCGUCUUCGUUUUUUGGACUACUUUGCUUGCCUUUUAUAUCGUAUCAGGAAUGUGAAAACGUUGGAUUUAUCAAACAACCAGACUCGCCUUAUUGAAUUUUAUAUUAUGAAAAUGUCUCCUUCAUAA